CCUACCUCUACUAGGAUUUCUAAACCGCCAAGGCUGCACAAAAUUUGAGGGUUUGAGAGCUCUAUCGGGCUACUAACCCCGAUAUGAUGCGACAGCACAACAUUUAUGAUAGUAAAUCAAUACUGCUGUUAGCAAGGUACAUGCUAAACUUUCUCCCGUAAGAAAUUGACGAAUGCGCUGUUCCACAGCCUAGCGUCAGUGCAGUGAUAGAUGCUGGAGCUGGAGGUAGGGCGGCGGCGAUCUACCCACAGUACCCAAAAUGCAUGGCAGAGGGAAUUUCAGGGUCAAAUUCUCUGGCGUGGCGAGUCCAUCGGAACAACACAUAGAUGAUGACUUAGCAGGAACUGGAGCACCAGAUGAGUUUUGCCUCAUGGAUGCUGGUGUUCAAAACCUGAAGGACCUGCCUCUCACUGCCCACAUCCAAAGCAUCAACCUUCAUUGUAACCAGAUAGCAAAGAUUGAGAAUCUCCAAAACCUGAGGCACCUGCGCCACCUUGAUUUGUCUUCCAAUCACCUGACCAGGAUCGAGGGGCUGGAUGGACUCCUCAACCUGCGGACGCUAAAUGUCGCUUGCAAUCAGCUUUCCACCAUCACAGGCCUUCGAUCAUUAAAAUCACUUUUGAAGCUGAAUGCUUCGUACAAUCAAAUCCACGACAUCUCAGGUCUGAGGGAACUUCAUGGCUCAGACUACAGCCUGACACACCUUCAUCUCCACGGUAACCAGCUGUCUUCAGCAGAGCAUCUGAUUGGGUGUCUGGCUGGUUUGUCACGCCUUUGUCAUGUGACCUUCCUCCACGAGCAGAGUGACAAUCCAGUGUGUAGAUUACCUGGCUAUAGAACAGCUUUAUUCAACUCCCUGCCACAGCUUAUCUCAUUAGAUGGUGCGGAUCGAACAGGAAUCACCAUCCAGACCAAUGAUGGUCUAUCUGAUAUUCCAGGUCUGGAACAAUAUUUGGAAUACCUUCUUUCGUCUGAUGUAGGAAGUGGUGCUGAACAGGAAAAGGAAACUCCACUUCAAAUCAUUACACCUAAAAUAGACCAAGUCUUGGAGAAAUUCCGUCAGCGAGCCCUUGCUUCAUCUGGAGCCAGCACGACCGAGAAAGAGGAUGAAAAUAACGUCAGAAUAACAGCCUUGAAAGAGUCACAUAUAGGUCAAGCAUAUCCUGCUGCCCACACUCGGUCCACCAGCCAUGAGGAAAGGCUGAAGAUCCUGGAACAACAGCUCGUGGACAUCAUGACUAGAAGGCCACAGGUUCCUGAGGCAUCACCUAGCACAGACAGUCAUGAGGAACCUGGAAGACAUGCAAGAAAAAGGGUGUCCAGUGGCAGAAUACAUGUAGCAAGGAAAGACACAGAUCCAACUGAUGACAGUGAUUCUGAGAUGGGAAGAAGAGGAAGAAAGCAUGGAGGGAAAAAGCCAGCAACUGGGAGGCAGAGGAAUAAAUCUGAAGAACGGGUGUCAAAGACCAGCAAAAUACCUACAAGAACAAAAACAAAGUCUUGUCCCUCACCAGGAAGUAGCCAGGGAGUCUCAACAUCGCCAUCUAGUGGCCUGGAGAGGACAGUCGAGCCAUCUGCAGCAUCGAGACGUGUAGUACCGACAACACCGGAACAAGAUGCAGAUAAGUUGUCAUUGCUUCAAGAACUUGACAGAGAGAGGGAGAGACGGUGGAAAGCAGAACAAGCAGCGAUCAGGCUAGCUGACCACAUCCAAGAUGUACAAACUAAAGCCAAUGAGGAAAGAGAGCUACAGGAGGUGGUUGUUGAAGCAAGCGGCCGUCUCAAGCAGGCCGUCAUGAAUGAGAAAGAGAUGAAAUCAAGAUUAGAAGAUGACGUUAGUAUACUCAAGGGAAGAUUAAAAGAAACCAUGCAGAAGUUAUCAGUAACUCAGAGAGCAGACGAAGAACAAAGGCAGACUUUGAGAGCUAUGGAAGAGACGGCUAGGAGAAUGGAAUCUGAGAAGCUCAAGCAGCAAGCACAUGAUGCUAAACGUUUACAGGAGUACCAGCUUAGGGCAGCAGCCGGUCAGCGAGAGCUGGAGCUAGUCCGGGUCAAGUCUGGACAGCAGGAGGGCAAGGUCCGUCAGCUGCAGGAGUUACUGGCUACAAGAGAACAGGAACACAGAAAUGAACUGCAGAACUACUACAAGCCUGGGAGCAGAGAAAUUCAAGAAAUGCUUGAAAAAGAAGUGGGCAAAGAGAGAGAAAAGCAUGAACAUGGGCAAUUUUUCUACAAAGAGAGAAUAGAGACAUUGACAAAGCAGUAUACGGACCUUGAAGAUGAGUUCAGGCUGGCCCUGCAGAUAGAGUCUAACAGGUUUCAAGAGGUUCAAGAUGCUUAUGAAAGAGCAAGUCAAGAUGCCGCUCAUUUAAAACAAGUGUUCAGUGCAUCGGUAGAGAAAGAGAAGAGAUCAUCUGGCUUGGUGACAGAACUCACUUCAAUGGUGAAGGAGCAGAAAGGUCGUAUCACAGAGCUGUCAAGAGCAAAACAAGAAGCUAUCUCAUCCACCAGAAUGAGAAUCGGGAGUCUUGAGAACCAGGUUGAAGAGAGCCAGAGAAAGCUCCAGAUCUUAGAGGCUCUGAGACAGGAGAAGUCCAGACUUGCUGCACAGCUGGUUGCCAUGGAGUCAGUGGUAGAAGGACUUAAAGCGGAGCGAAAGUUAUGGGGACAGGAGCUUGCACAGCAAGGAGUCUCACUAGCACAGGAUAGAGGACGACUCGAAGCCAGGAUAGAAGCGCUGGAUGCCGAGGUUUUAUCACUGAAGAAACAGCUGGAGAGAGAGAACGAUGCUCUCAAGAUCAAGACCAAGGUCAUCGACGAUCAGACAGAUACCAUCAAGAAACUGAAAGAUGCUUUGUUGGAGAAGGAUGACGAUGUGAAAGCAGCUAGGGAGGAGACCCUACGCACCCAGCAGAGCCUGGAGGAUCAGCUUGCCACGGAGCAACGGGCCGUCCAGGAGCUGACGGUCCAGGUGGAGAGAUUGACCGAACGUAAGGACGGACUGAAGGAGAGAGUGGUCGACUUGCAGGCCGAGUUGGAGGAGAGUCAGCGAGCUUACAGAGCACUGGAUAACAAAUGGAAAGAGAAGGGAGACAUCAUUGGUCAGCUAGAGACCCAGGUCAGACAAGUGAAAGAAAACUUUGACCAGAGAGAGAAGAAACUCAGAGAAGAGAGGGAUAAAGCCAUUAGUACAGAAAAAGCAUCCGUGGACAAGCUGCGCUCAAUUGACAAUGCCUUCAGGAAACAGAUGGAGGCUGCCCAGAGGGGGCAUGAAGAAAACAUGGAACAGCUAGCUCAGGAGAAACAAAGAGAUAUAGAUGAAGCAAUGGGCAGGGUGUCUGAUGUUGAGGAUGAAAUGAGGCAGUUGCUAGCGGAGACGGCCAAUCAGAAGAGAGUCACCGAGGAGAAGAUACGACGAUUGACACAGGCAUUCUCUGAGAUACAGGAUCUAAGAUGAUGAUCACUAUUGCAAAGCUGUCGCCGGUUUUUAAAUUGUUUGUAUUACCAUACAUGUACCUCUUUGUUCUGACAAUUGUUCCAUGGGAAUUCGGGGUAAAAUCCAGUCUAUCUAGGUGAUAAUCUUUGUCAGAUUUUCAUGUUUUGAUUUGUUCAGUCAUACUAAUUUAUACUGACAAAGUUUGACAUAGGGGUAAAAUUGAUCCCGAUUUGAGGGGUUUGAUUUUUUUGGGAGAAAUGGCUCCCAGACUUUUCUUUUAGGGCAGUUUCAAGUGUUGCAGCUUAUGAAGUAAGAAUAUUAUGAACAUCUUAUUAAUAUCUUGCAACUUUAUGGAAUGGAUAUAUGUUAAAGAGGCCAAACGCGUUUGACGCAGAGUAGUUUGGGGCACUUUAUGGUAGAAACAGGGAGAGAAGAGAGAAACUUGAAAGUGGAGCUAGAAACAAACACUUGGGGUGUGCUCUUAUGUUAUACACGAUAGCAAUGUCUUGGCCCUCAAAACACAGGCCUAGGCUACCGUAAAUAUUAAAAGGGUUUUACAAGAUAGUGAAAUUUCAAGGGGUUACAGUAAUUUAAUUCAUAAAUUAUUUACAUCCGUGUAAAUAUCCAUAUAUCGCUUUAAUAUCAGAGGCUAUUUUUUGGUGUCAUUCCUUUACUUGUACAUUGAUGAUAUUGUAAUUCAUGCUUAUAUGUCUUCCUUCAGUAUUUUGAAUGUAAAUGCAUUAUUUCAUUUACCAAUAAACUUAUACAAACAUUUACAUGUA